CUUUAUAAAAGGCAAGCUAAAAUGGCUGACGAAUAUUUUGGCGAAUUAUAAUUUUAUAAAUUAUUGCGAAUACUUCCUUUUCUGUCAACAAAUAGCUGCUUUGUCGUCUGCAUUCCGGUUUAUUUGUCAACAUUGUCAUCCAGAACCCAAGACACCAAUAUAACAUGAAUCCAGUGGGGAAUUUUAAUGGUUUUCAUUUACCACUACCAAUUUCUUAUUUAAAUCAAGAUAUGAAUCCAAAUAGUGGCUAUUAUCCAAGACUGAAUCUUAGACACAAAGUUGAAUGUGUUGAAUGUGAGAAAGACUUUACAAGUGAUGCGGCUUUAAGAGAACACUAUGCCAGCCAUUUUCCCCCACUGCCAUCUGCCACUCCUGAACGAUCCAGUAGUAGACCAGAAACUAGCCAACCAUCUAGAAUUAGACAGAAAGGUCAUCAAUGUGAAGUGUGUGAAAAAUACUUUCGACAAAAAGCAGUCCUCAAAACACACAUGAAAAUACAUGAAGAUGUCAAGGACCAUCAUUGUCCUGAAUGUGGACGAGGAUUUACAUACAAGGCUAAUAUGGACGUACACAGGCGCAUUCAUAGUGGCGAGAAACCCCACAAAUGUUGCCACUGUGAUAAAGCAUUUAGUCAGGCUAACACUCUAAAGUUUCAUUUAUCAACUCAUACAGGUUAUAAACCUUAUGUUUGUCCCUCUUGUCAAAAAUCUUUUAUUACCAAAGGAAAUCUUCAAGAUCACAUGAUUAGUCAUACCAAAGAGAAACCUUACAAGUGUGAAAUAUGUGGGGAUGGAUUUGCACGAAAAGUCUCUCUUCGAGUUCAUGAACGUUUACAUACUGGUGAAAAACCGUAUGGUUGUAAAUACUGCACAUCAUCAUAUGCUGCCUACUCUUCAUUGAAAUAUCAUCAAAAGAAACACUGUGGUCCCAACUCUAGAGAUUAUCUCAAUAAACAUAACAAUAGUAAUAAUAGUAUGGAGGAUGAUGUAGAUUUUGACUUUUUACUAGAUAAUGAAGUGUUAGAUCAAGUAGACACUAAACCCAAUUCUGAGAAAGGCGAUGCCUUGUUAUGUUCAAAUUGUAACAAAUCAUUUCGUUCUCGGGUAACAUAUAUUAAACAUUGUCAGGGGUGUACUGGUGGCAAUGGUUCCUAUUCUUGUAAUCAAUGUAGUGCUGUUUUUCAUGAACCAGUAGCACUAGAUCAUCACAUACAACAACAUCGAAUAGAUACAAUAGCUUCGGCUCGUCUUCAUGCUGCUAAUAAGAAGCAUGAAAUGGAGUCAUCUAUAUCAGCAAUGACAUCAUCCUCUUUAAAAUCAGAUCAUGCUUGUGGAGUUUGUGGUCACAAGUUUAGUUCUUUAAUAGCAUUACAAGAACAUAUACCAUUUCAUCGAUUUAAACUAUUAAAUAAUCAUUCUUCUACCAUUCACGGCUUUUCUUAAUACCUCAAAUAGAGUUUUUAAGUAUAAAUUAUUAACUAUGUUAUUAAAUUCGAGUGUAGUGCCAAAGUAAAGUAGAUCACUAUAAAAAGUUUUGUAGUAACUUUGUAGACAAAAUGGAUCCGUCCUAUCUAAAAUUCUGGGGAAUAUGCUGAUUUUCUUUGAUUAUAAGAAGGACAAUAAUAAAUAAUUAGGUAAUAUAUACAAAUAAUUCAAAUAUAUGUUUUCUGUAACUGAUCAGCAUAAUGGAUUUCACUGCUCAUAUAGUUUUAAUAUUAGUCAUUAAUUACAAUCUUGUAGAAUGGAGUACACAUGUGUCUUGAUACAUUUUGUACAGCCAUCUCUUACCGGUAUUUCAAAUUCCAACUGUCAAGGGAUCUUUUCCCUACAUGGGAUCUCAGUUUUUCGUUCCCAUCCAAAUGACUAGAACACUUAUCUUAGCUGGCCGCCCUUCCUGCUCCACUGACAAGGUGAACACAGGCUGGAAAAUUUUUGAGGAACAUUCUCAGCCAAUGCAGGUAUCAAGCCCAUGACCUCCUGGGUUGUGAGCCACUGCCAUAAAUGUACAAACGAAAAGGAGAAGUUUAGUCAUUGCUAUUUCUUUAUACAUGUAUGUUAAUUAUUUUGAAAUAUUAAAUUAGUUAUAAAUUAAAAAUGCAUGAUCCGACACACAUAUCAUUUGACUUUAAUUAGCAAAUUAUGACACCAGUCGUAAAGUUAUGUCAUAGUCUAUCAGUCACCAUUUAUACUCUUCAAAAAAAGUAGUGGAUAUUCAGAAACAAUACAAAACUGCGGAAAUGCACUGCUGUAUGCCCGUCUUCAUUAGCCCAGUUUAGGAGCAGAACAGUAGGACGUUAAACCCCAUUUCAUUUCAUUUCAUUUCAUAGGUAUUUGCAUUUCAAUAUCCCCUACUUUUUUUGAAGAGUAUAUAAUCAAAGAGCUUCAUGUGCUAUUUAAGUCAAUGACUUUCUUAUUGUUUAUACCACACAGCCACAUGUUUCCAGAAUAGAGAGAGUAGCUGUUAUAGCAAUAUCACCAGGUUUUCUUUGUAAAUAGUGACCAACAGUAUUUGGGCUUGUGUAUUUUUGAAACUAUUCUAACAUUAGAUAAUGAAUGAAAUAUGAUAAUGGAUGGAACAUUUCACGAAGUUUACAUAAGCUUACCUGCUUGUAGGUUAUAUUGAGUUGUAUAGUGUAUUGUGAAAGUGAAGCAAGGCCAGGCAGAGUAGAGAGCUUUUAGGUACAAGUUUGUCAGCCAAAAUGGCUUUAAUUGUUCAAUAAUUUGAAAUUAGAAGAUCUGCCUAUGCUGAUAAAAGAUAAAUUAAUAUUUUUUUAUCAGUAGACCUAGUGGUCCAUUUUUAUACGCCCACAUUUUCAUGUGAAACUGCCAAUCAGUAGAAACAGGAAACACAAACCAAAUACAGACGGUUUGAUGGGAUCAAUUUUGACUAAGUCAAAAUGAUGCAUUUGAUAUUCGUUUUAUCCAACGUUUCGUCAGUAAAAAUACUAAUGAAGAAGUUAGUAUUUUUACUGACGAAACGUUGGAUAAAACGAUGGUUUUUUGAUAUUGUAUUCUAUUAAUUAUUUUAUAUCACAUUUUCAUGUGGACGUAUAUUGUCGUCGCCCCUGUCCGUCCGUCCGUCCAUCCGUCAACAAUUGUUUAUGAACAGUCUACAGGUCACAAUUUUUAUCUGAUUUCAAUGAAACUUGAAAUAUAGGUUUAUCACCUUAAGAUCUCGGUUCCUUUCGAUAUUAGCAUGUAUCAGACUGUAACUUAAUGGAUUAUGGCCCCUGAUUGUACGAAAAAUCACGUUUUCAGCUUGUGAACACUGUAGAUGUUACAAUUUUUAUCUGAUUUUGUUGAAACUUGAAAUGUAAGUUUAUAACCCAAAGAUCUCGGUUCCUUUCGAUAUUCGCGCAUAUCGGACCAUAACUUCCUAUAUUAUGGCCCCUGAUUGUACGAAAAAUCAUGUUUUUAGCUUGUGGACCCUAUAGAGGUCAUAAUUUUUAUCCGAUUUAAAAAAUCGUAUUAUAAUUACACCGUUACACCCUAAGGACAGCCGAGUUCGAAUUUCGUGAAAAUCGGCCCAAAACUGACAUAAAAUGGCUGCCCUUCUUUUUUAAAUAGCGUCAAAAUAUGGUAUAUCAAGGUUGUGGACCCUAUAGAGGUCACAAUUUUUAUCAGAUUUUGUUGAAACUUGAAGUGUAAGUUUAUAACCCAAAGAUCUUGGUUCCUUUCGAUAUUCGCACAUAUCGGACUGUAACUUCCAGAAUUAUAGCCCCUGAUUGUACGUAAAAUCGUGUUUUUAGCUUGUGGACCCUAUAGAGGUCAUAAUUUUUAUCCGAUUUAAAACAACGUAUUAUUAUAUCACCGUUACACCCUAAGGACAGCUGAGUUCGAAUUUCGUGAAAAUCGGCCCAAAACUGACAGACAAAAUGGUCGUCCUUCGUUCUCAAAUAGCGUAAAAAUAUGGUAUAUCAAGGUUGUGGACUCUAUAGAGGUCACAAUUUUUAUCUGAUUUCGUUGAAACUUGAAAUAUAAGUUUAUAACCCAAAGAUCUCGGUUCCUUUCGAUAUAUGCGCAUAUCGGUUUGUAAUUUCCUGAAUUAUGGCCCUUGAUUGUAGGAAAAAUCACUUUCGUUUUAGCUUGUUCUCUAUCCAUCUCUCGAAAAUGUGGGUGUAUCUGGCAGCCGCUGGUUGUGUUUUUUAGUAGUCCAGUUUAAGGCAAUAAUGAUAAUUUGUAUUGUUGUCCUGCAUGUUGAUAUGUUAAUGAUAAAUUUUAGAGAAAAGUGUACACGUGACGUAAAUAAUGUUGAAUAGUUAUUGUUAAUUGUGGUUGUUGUUGAUAAUUUAUUUCAUUUAAAGUUAUGUCAUGUCCUGUUAUGAAUAAAAUGUACACCAUAUACAGUAUGAUACCGCUGACUCCAUAUUGACACAAUGAAAAUAUCUUUAACAAAAUUAUGUAGUGAGAAUCAUGUGACCAAUAAUCAAAUGGCAUAAAGCAAUAAUAUUUUCCAUGCAUCAUGAAUUUAUAAAAGAUCAUUUAAUUAUAAUAAGAAAAAAUAAAUAUUCAUUCCUUAAACAUUUUACCCAACGGCAUAGGGGACAUUUAUAUUUUACAAGAGUAGAAUUCUUAUGCUCUACCACUUCCAUAUUCUUAGUAGAAUUCUUAUGCUCUACCACUUCCAUAUUCUUAAAGAAGGCUGUAUCCCUGCAUCUAGCCUACGGUUACUCAGUUGACUUGCCAAGGAACACUGCCAUGACCACCUCCCCUAUUUUACGAAAAGACUAGAUCUGCCCCUGUUUCCUAAAAUUAAUUCCAAACUGUGUGGUUUUUUUUUCAAAAAUACUAUAAAAGGUUUAACAUAAUUUAUGUAAAGAAAGUUUAAUGAACUACUUCCCAUACAGAGAUAAUAUUUAGGGCUGUGAUGUCAUUGAUAUACACAUUUGGCAUCCCUACGAAAUGUUUGACUUGCAAAAGUUAAAAACAUGUAUAUUGUAUAUGGUUGCUAUAAUAUAUACUUAAUAGAAUCACUAGUUUUAUCCGCAGUUGUUAAGUUUGGCGGUUUUUAUUUAUAGCAUUUUCAAUAAAUUCAGUUUUGUUAGAGGCAUUAAAUAUCAAUAUAAAUUUGA